CUUCAGCCAGUUCAUUCGCUUCAAAGAGCCCGAGUCGAGCGGACACGAAUCAGAUAUAUAGUGCGCCUACAACAGACAUUACUCCAGAAAAAUAAAAAAGGAGUUAAUAAAAGUGUGUGCCGCGUGAAAAGUGAAUAAGCAGUUGGAAAACCAAAAACAACAGGCAAAUUGUGAUACUAAAGUGAGCGAUUCGGCCCAGACAAACAACAAAAACAAAGCCUAAACACAGGCGUCUGGCCAACAGCUGUUUUCUGUGUGCUCUGCCGCUCCCGCUCUCGCGCGCGCCUUCCGCUCUCCGUAUUCAGCAAGCGCGCUCUCUCUCAACUGCGCUCACAAGACGCCGGCAGAGGCUGGGCAGAGAAAAAACAGGCAGCAUAGCCUUAUAGUUUCUCGUUCCCGAUUUAGAUCGUGUUUUUCUUCGGAGCGUUCAGUUCGUGCGUUCGGCAGUUCUGUUGCAUUGCAUAGAACUACAAGUUUCCUACUCCGCGAACCACUCACUCCCGCGAGAACAGAACAGAACAGAACCGAAUGAAAAAAGAGAAACGAGAGGAAGAAAGCAACGGUUAAGUUAGGCCAGCGAAAACGGGCAAAAAGACUGAAAAACACACGUGGAUUGUUCACUCACACCCUCAAAACCACUCACCCACACUCACCCAGCAGCCCCAACUGUUCGCUGCAUUUAUGUAAAACCAAACAAAGACUGAUUAAAACGCUAAAUAAAUAUAUACAAUAAACGUAACGAAACAAAGUUAAACACGCGAACCGCAGCUAAAUAUUAUACGGGUUAAAGCGAAUUCCAAAGCAAAGCAAACACAUAUGGAUUAAGGUUCCUCCUAUCUCGAAACAAAAAAAAAAAAAACAAAACGAAAAAGAAAUAACCAACACACACUCACACACUCACGGAUUACCUGCAGCGGCAAUUUACCGUUAGCCGCUCUUUUUGGAUUACCAGUGCCAAUAAAAACCACAAAAAGUGAAUUUUUUCGAAAGUGAAGAAAGCGAAAAUAACGCCCGCAAAAUGCUAAAAAUCUAAAACGAAAUAAAUAAGCAACCAAAAGCGAAUUCUGUGUUAUAGAAACGAGAGCAAAAGCUAAAAGGAGCCAAUAAAAAAUAAAACAGCGAUGACGAUGGCCGCCUGUUAUGCCAACUACGACAUGUCGUCCCUGUCGCACGGCAUGUCGGCCCUGUCUGCCCUGCAGCAGCAACACAGCCAGGCGCAACAGCAACACAGCCAGGCGCAGCAGCAGCACAGCCAGACGCAGCAGCAUCAUCACCAGCAGCAGCAGCAACAACAGCAGCAUAUGUACCACGUUGCCAACAGCAGACAACAACAGCAGCAGCAGCAACAACAACAGCAGCAGCAGCAGCAGCAACAACAACAGACGCCCAGCAGCAGCAACAACAGCAACACAGCGCCCGCUCCCUCGCCCCAAAAGGACUACAGCAUCCCGCUGCACGUGGACUGCAGCGUGGAGUACGAGCUGCCCAACCAGCCCAAGCCUCCGGCGGGUCAGCGGGUGGAGCCGCUGCUGAUGAUCCACCCGUGCUACUUCCGCAAGAUGGAGUCGCAGCGGCGCAGUCCGUUCGUGAACAACAUGCACGCGACGGCGAGGGCGGUCAGCAGCAGUUCGCUCAGCAGUGGGGCGGCCCUGGGCGGGGGCGGAAGCGGUACGGCUGUGGCCACGGCUCCCAGCAGCAGUGCCGCCCGGCGGGGCGCUCGGGUGGCCUCCACAGCCCAGCAGCAGCAGCAGCAACAACAGCAGCAGCAGCAGCAGCAACAGCGCUACCAGCAACAGCAGCAACAACUGCGGCAGCAGCACCAGCAAAUGUCGCAGAUGUCGCAGCAAGCCCACUAUCCGCAGCAACGGUCUAGUCUGGAACAGCAAAUCGGACUUUGCCCCCAGCAACAGUCUAGUCUGGAGCAUGUGCGCCGACAACAUCAGCAGCAGCAGCAGCAGCAGCAGCAACGUGCCAGCAGCAACCAAAGCCAACGUCAAAGCCAAAGUCAGAGCCAUGCAGCCAACUCAGCGGCAGCAGCGGCGGCGGUACAGGCCCAGGCCCAGGCCUCGAUAGCCGCCGCGGCCGCCGGUCAGUGGGACCAGCUGGCCGCGGCGCUGGCCGCCCGCACCGCCCUCACGCCCCACCACAUGCUGCACCCCCACGGCCACUACGCGGCCAAGGGCAGUGGCGCCGGGGCAGCGAGCGGCAAGCGGGACGCCAUGAUCUCCGGCAGCAACUACGGACAGACGGCGGUCGCCUCGGGGAAGCUGCAGCAGCAGCAACAGCAACAGCAACAGUCGCAGGUGCAGCAGCAGCAGCACCAGCAACAGCAACACUGCCUGCCUCCGCCGCCCUGGGACGCGACGUCCAUGCUAAUGGACCGCGCGCCGAUGGCCACAGUUCCUAGCAAUUAUCAGGCCGGCCCUGACACCAAUCCCAUGCGCCUCUACUCGGCCACGCCCACCUCCGGAGCGGCCACGGGCGGGUCGGCGUCGGUGGGCGGCGGCGGUGGGGGCGGAGCGGUGGGCGGCACGGGGGCGACGGGGGCGGUGACCACGGCCACGGACAAGCUAAGCGGCAAGUACCGGCAGUACUUGCGGUCCCAGCGGAUGCACCCGUAUGCGGCGGCCGCCUCGCUCAACUUGGCCGCCGCCGCAGCAGCCGCUGGACAGACGUCCUUCGUGCCGUUCAGCUCGGCGGCCACGCCCACAUUCCAGCACCUGCCGCAGAUCUCUUGCUACAACGUGUGAUGCAGCAGCAAGGACAACGGCAACAGCAGCAGCAGCAGUAGCAACAGCAACAGAAGCAACAUGCAACUUGCAACACAUGAGACAGGCGCCUACCAAGUACGCGUCGAUGAAAUAGCCGCCUCAAGGAAUAACCAAUAGAUCCUCCCCCUUAAAUAGUACUAUAUAUAUACACACCCCCUCAAAGCUUUUAGAAUCAAAAGUAAUUAACUCUACAAAUUAUUAAGAGAUGAAAUUCAAUUCUGUUUAGCUGCUAUGAAAAAUUGUUGUCCGACGGUGAGAAAAGAGGAAUCGAGCGAUCUUUUUUUCUUUUUUAGUAAUGGUAGUAAUUGAUAAACGAUACAAAAACAAACAACAAAAAAAUGCAAACUAUUGUAGUGAUAUUUGUUAUAAAAUAAUUUUAGUAAUUAAUUUAAUUUAAAUUAAACAACCAACAAGAAACAACAAACAACAAAAAACAACAGCAACAACCGCUCUGUGUAAACCAACAACAUCAAUAAUAACAAGAAAAAAAACAACGGCAACAACAUCCAACCAAACAACAAUUGCUAAAAACUACACAUACGCAUAUUUAAUUAAAAAUCAACAAAUGUUAUAACAAACCAUUUACCGAAAGAAUAUGAAAAUAUGAAAAGCAAAAAAUAUUACCGAACGAAGAAGGAGAGUAAAGCAGAAAAAAAUCAACACAAAAAAUACGAAUAAAAAUUAUUCAAAAUUAUGCAACGUAAUUUGAAGCGAGAUAUGCAAAAAAUUAAGUAAAUUGUGUUUUCAAUUGAAGCUAGAGAGCGAGAGAAAAGCAUAGUGCAAGUGAUUUGGCUGCGGCGAAGAAAAGUUCCUCUUGCCGUCGGCUUUUGUGGCCAACUUUUCACGCUUCCCGUCUUCGGCUCCUCUUUUGUUCGCCUUAAUUUGAUUUUCAGCUUCGCUUUGCCCCUCAUUUUUCUCCGGCUUUUGGUUUUUUUUUCCAUCUGCGGUGAGCUGUGAUUGAUUAUUGUCAUUGAUGGAAGACUUGGCUCGGGGUUGUGGCAACGUUGCCGCACAGAGGUCCCUCGCUAAUUGGAAACCCUUGAGCUGAAACGAAUUUCGAACAAAUUGCUUAGGUCCUUUUUAAGGCUACUCAUGACGGGAAAUGCAUUUCAAACUACUUUAUAGCUCAAAGCCAUUAUUUCCAAACAAAUUAUGUGGUAUUACAAAUUGAAUUAGAAACUGGGCUUGUUCUAAUACGAGUUUUAUUUCGUUAAUGGAGCUUACCGCAAUUAAGAAUGUAUAACAGCUAUUUAGAUGGCUACACAAGUUCCUGUUUUAAUUUCAUGAGGCACAGAGCUAAAUUAAAGCGGGUUUCUCGGUUAGUUAAUCUCCAGACGCCCCGUUCUAGGCUUUACUGUACUCAUUUUGCAGCGACCACCGUGCCCCAAGUUCAUUCAUUCAAACGGUAUAAUUCAUUUGCUUUUAUCUACGGCUAUAGUUCCCCUGUUUCCCCUCACAAACCAGUGUUUACGACUCCACAUUAUGCCUUCGCUGGCAGACGAAACACACAGAAAAAUCUAAUGUUCAAAGCUGGGAGUUUGAGCUGGCAGGAAAUGCGAGAUGUUAUCGGUUGAAAUUGUUUUAGCUCGGCCCAAGGUCCCUCGGGAAAAUGUGUACUUUUCAUUAUUGAUUGUCCGAUCGCCCGCCGAAGCGCUUGGAGACGGCUCACUGGGAGUUGCUCGGUUCCAGGAAGUAAAUAACUGAUUAAUUUAUGCAUAGGCAAGGCGAGUCCGCUGAGGAUUCAGUGCGGCAAUCAGCGAAUUAAUUAAACCGAAAAAAGAGUUUUCAACCGAAACCGAAACGAACGACAUCCGCAGUUGGCGACCAAAAACUGACUCAUCCGACACGAAUCCAAUCGCUUUGGACUGCCCCAAAUCCAAACAAGUCCGGCUCUUCGUCCAAGUUGACUUGAAUCCACUUAUGGUUCAGCAAGGAAAGACGACAGACCCAAUUGGAGCACAACGAAACCGUAGCCGGUAUUGGUUGAAAGCAGUGUUGGACGUCUGUAAAAUAGUCCAAACAUUUUCUCAUAUUUAAAACCAAAUUUUUCCUUAACUUAUUAAUGUUGGAAAACUAAUUUGAAAUCAAAAUUGUUUAUCAAAAUUUAUGAGAACUCGUCGUUCAAGUUCUUGGAACUAAUCUAAUUAUCGGUACUGAUUUUUGAACAGUAUCCGCCCUGAAUUCCUUAUCGUUUUGUACACAGCAAUAUCCAAAUCUUUGUUUGUGGCGAAAAAACCUUAAAAAUCCAGCUCUGCUCGGCAUAAAGCCUAUCCAUCAACACUUUCCGUAGAAAGUAAUCUCGUUUAAACGCCAAAUCUAAACAAGGCACCGCUCAUUUCCUGAAUUGUGGCCCUCCCCAUUAUCCCGAGCUUGAAGACACAGAUACGAUGGCCAUCUAUUCAUUUAUUCAAUUCAUAUAAAUUGGUCGUAGAUUAGAGACAGAAAAAUAUUUCAAUUGCCGCCGGCGGCAUUCACAAAAGUGUAAUUAAAAUAUACUACAGAUCGCUUCUCCAGCUGACAGCAGAGUCGGUUGUUUGUUUUCAUUUCGUUUGGGCAAUCAACUAUCAGCUGCUGGACCAUUUGCAUGCGGCUGGGUGAGUGAGUGGUUGCCCCUCUGAUCCACCCGCCCCCCUCCCCUUUCGAGUGCGAGGUCAUCGCCAUUGUCGUCACUCAUACGCCCCGUUGCCCCCCAAUGGGCAGGUGCCACUCGUCUCAGCUCGUGUCGUCUCGUCUCGUCUCGUCCCAUAUCAUCUCGUCUGGCAUUAGUAAGCCGGACUGGUGCUGCACUUUGGAUUCGCCCUGGCAUAUUCGCAUUCACAUCUGACUUGAUUACUGUUCCAUGUGUGGGCAUCGCAGAUAGUGUCCAGUCGCUCGAGUGCCGUACUUAAGUGCUUGCGCCUGUUCGGCAUUUUUCUGAAAAUGAGCUCAGUGAUCAAGUGGUUAGUUUGAGGACCGUUGUUGAUUGUUUUUUGGAUUUAGUCAGUUUGGAGGAAGGGGCUGUAGUAAUUUUGUAUUUGUUUUUGGUAGUCAGGGGCUAAUUAAGUAAAUAUACAUUUUUGUUUUCAAUUUCUAAUCAAUCUAAUUAAUUAGUAAGCAUUUAUUUGGGAUUCUAAAUAAUACUAAAAAAAAUAACCCCUUUAUUAUUAAGUUUCAUUUAUAAUACUGUACAGUUUAACAUUUUAUACCCAACUGUUUAAAAUUCAUGUAUCAAUAGUUUAGUUUUAAAGACAAUUUUUUUAUUUGGUAUAGUGACUGUUUAACUUUUAAAAACUUGUUGACAAGCCUGGAAGUGUUGCACAUUAUUCUGUCUGGUAAUCGGCGUUCUUUCUUCCUGUUUUCAUAAAUUCUUAUACAAAGUCAUUUCACUUAAAUUCACCAUAAACAGGUCUAUGUGACUCAAAUGGAUUCGUCGCUGUCAAAGGCGAGUUCCAACGUCUAUAUUCGAUUAAUCGCUUAGUCCGACUGAAUGCAGGCCUUUUAGGGCGGGAUAGGUCAACCAAAAGGUUUUCUCCUCUAAUUGACUUUAUUUAGAUGUGGAGACCAGUGCAGAACAGCUGCCAUUUAAAAGUCAUCAACAGAUAAAUAAAGCCAAUAAUGGUCGAGCAAAGCAAACAAAAAGUAAAACAAGUAAAACAAAAACCGAAACGGCAGAGGAAAAACAUGCAAAUAAAAGGCAUAUAAAAACAGAAACACCCAGAUGCAAGAGGUGGCUAUUUUUAAAUUCAAGUCGGGAGUGCUCACAAAAAGUAACGAAAACUGUUCAAAAUGAAAUGACGCAAAGCGCAUUAAACAUAGUCCGCGCUGGGGGUAAAAAGAGUAACACAAAACCAAAACCAAGUGGAAACGGCGUCGGCAGUUGUCAAGCGCCAAAAAAUAAAUACAAAAAUACGGGGCAGAAAAAAAAA